AUGUGGGCUAGAAGGUUAGCACUUAUAGCAUCUCUUGCACUGUAUGGUAUCUACAGAAAGAAAAACUAUAGUUUCAAAGGUAAACAUGUAGUGGUUGUUGGAGGUUCUAGCGGUAUUGGCAAAGAGUUGGUCUACAGCUUACUUCGUCGUGAUGUAUCUAGAGUAUCAAUCGUCUCUAGAAGUUUAGAAAAGAUGAGAGCUGUUGUUGAUGGUGCUGAUGAGAUAGAUAGAUUAAGAUAUUAUAUUUACUCUGAUCAAUUCAUCUUCAAACAGAAAUAUAAAAGCAAGAUUGAAGUUUAUUCAUGUGAUGUAUCAAAGAAAGAAAAUGUAAAGACUACGAUGACAUCUAUUAUUGAAAGUAAAAAGGUUGAUUGUUUGGUUAAUUGUGCCGGUUUGGCUGUUCCAGGAUACUUUUUGGAUCAAGACUCAGAGGUGUUUGAAUCCACCAUGCAAUUGGACUAUUUUGGAACAUUGUACGCUUGCAAAGAGAUUGUCCCACAUAUGAUCGAGAAUGGAGGUGGACACAUUGUCUUUGUUUCAUCGACUUGUGGUGUUAUUGGUGUUCCAGGUUACACCACCUAUUGUCCUGCCAAGUUUGCCGUAUGCGGUCUCGCUCAAACCAUGAGAAGCGAGCUUGCUCCAUACGGAAUCACCUUUUCAGUCGUCUAUCCACCCGAUACCGACACUCCAGGUUAUGCACAAGAGAAUCUCACCAAACCAGAAGAAACCAAGAUCAUCUCGGGUGGUGGCAAGGCAGUACAUCCAAAGGUGGUUGCCGACGCUGUCGUCACUGGUGUUCAAAGUGGAGACUAUCACAUUGCAGUGGACAUUACCACAAAAAUGUGUGUCAUCUUGUCAGCUGGUCUCACUCCAUUCUAUUUCCCAUUCUUUGAUAUCAUUCUAGCACCAGUUUGUAGAUUGGUUGGUAUCAUUGGUAUGCAUCAAAAUGAUAAUGAAGUAUUAAAAGUUUGGAAGAAAAAGAAUAGAUCUCAUUAA